AGCGUUCGUUCAUUUGUGGAUUCGUUCAUUCGUAGAUUUAUUUUACUUUCACUUCCACUUCCAAGAAUUUAAGACACAUUCUAGGAAUAGCAGUGUUGGAUACAUUAACAAUACAGUCAGAGACUGCGGAUUAAUAGUACAGAGUUACAAUUAAAAAAAACCCAUCAAAAUAUUUGGAGGAAAAUCAAAGAUGGCGUUCAACCAAUAUGGAGGAAUAGACCAGUCGUCGAUAGGUGCCGCUAUUUGUCGAAAACUUCAGGUAAACCGUGAUGAACAGGACGAAAUUGAGCGAGCUACCCGAGGUCAGACAUACAGUCCACGGUGGUUCAAAGAGAGACAGGGGCGCAUUACAGCCUCUAAAGCUUACAGAAUUUUACAAGGGGAUUCCCCUUAUGACAUAGUACAAGACAUCAUGGCAACAAAUUAUGUUAGAGAUGCAGCUUCUUUGCAUGGGAAUGAACAGGAACCAAACGCCAUUAAAAAAUAUAUAGACUACAAGAAACAAAAGGGAGACAUAUUCACGUUCUCGGAAUGUGGUUUAAUGGUGGAUUUACAACAUGGCGAACUAGCGGCGACUCCUGACGGUAUCGUCACAGAAGGGUAUGGAGGAAAGGGGGUUCUGGAAGUCAAAUGUCCAUUUAGUGUUAGAGAUAUGACCCCGUUUGAGGCGAUUCUUACCAAGGAGGACAGUCCCUAUUUUCCUUUAGAGAUGAGAGGAAACCGACCACACCUGAAGACUGAUCAUAGAGCCUACUACCAGGUACAGAUGGAAAUGGCUAUAACAGGAUGUCAAUGGUGCGAUUUUGUUUUGUACACCAAUCUUCAGUCACCUGUGGUCGUCGUAAGGGUGAGGUUUGAUCAAGCAUUCUGGAACAAAUUACGAGAUACUAUGCUGGCUUUCCAUAGACGACAUGUCAUUCCUAAGCUUAUUAGUACCAGAUUUUAAAGGUCCACCAUUCGGUACCGACUGUAUAUACCAGAAUCUGUUUAAGGACAACCAAGAAUGGUUUUUCACUUUUUAUUUCCAUUGUCUGUAUAAAUAUUCUGCCAAAGAGAGAGAGAGAGAGAGAGAGAGAGAGGUCAAUUUUAGUUCAAUAAUUAGCUUACGCGUAGGGGUCUUGAGCAGUGGGAGGAAACCGGAGGAAACCGGAGGACCCGGAGAAAACCAACAAAGCUCGAGAGAGAGGGUUUAACGUCCACUCGACACAAAAGAGGUCAUUUCGGGACUAACACAUGGUUCAAUUUUAUUUCAAUACGGUCUGUCAUUGAUUCAACUGGCGGGGUUUUGAUUCCCUGGUUGUACGUGACAAGAAGUAGGGUCGCCUGUCCAACCUCGUGGGUUUUCUUCAGGUGCUUUGUUUUUCUUCCACUGCUAAAGACCCCUACGCGCAUGCGAAUUAUUGAAAUAAAAUUAAAACCAUGUGUAAGUCCAGAAAUGACCUAGUUUGUGUUGAGUGGACGUUAAACCCCAUUUCUCUCUCUUUCUCUCUCAAACAAGCAUUUGUCAAAAUCAAAUUAUGCUUCACCUUUGGUUAUUAGUAGUAAUGAUAUUGUUUCAACAUAAUCUGCUCGUAAUAUUAGUGCCGUCUUUCAUAAAAAUGUAAAAUUAAAAUGUCAAGUUAAUAAUCCUUGUGUGCAAUCUGUUAUUCUAUAUAGGUUUAGAUGUAAUUAAGACUCUUGUUAAUGCUUUGAUCACCUCUCGUUUAGACAAUUUUAACGUUUUGUUAGCCGGCUUACCUUUAAAACUGAUUGAUAAAUUUCAGAAAGUACAAAACACUGCCGCAGCACAUCUUAUACUUAUCGGAACUUUUAGAAAUGUAUAUACCAAGAAGAAGUCUAAGAUCUUCCAAUCUGGUUACAAUACAGAUCUAUAUUUCGUUUCGUUUUUUUUUUAUACUUUCGAUGACCUACCUAACAUGAAGAUCGGACCGGUUGUAGUGGAAGGUCGCGCCAAAAGUCAUACGAGCGGCUUUCGAUCCUAUGAGGCCAGACAUUUGAUUAACCAAUCGGUGUUAAUGUUUCUAGUUGGUUACCCACAGUUCCGAGCACCUCACGCCAAAAUGUCGCCGUAAUAGACCGUUUCAUUGGCUAAUCCCUAACAUCAUCCAGAACGAAGGUUAUAUAACAAGUCUUCCAAAUCCUUGUGUAGUAAAGACAAGUAAAACGAAAUUCUGAACUAUAAAAAAAAAACGAAACGAAAUAGGAUCUGUGUUUUAAUCAUAUGAAAGAUAUACUGAUAAUCAAUUGCUUUUAAAACGAAACUCUGCAAAACUUUGAACUUUUGGUGAUUUACUGUUCAAGCACCUCGUUUAUGGAAUAAACUACCUUGAAAUACUGUUUAUAGUUUAAUAUCAAUUUUUUGAUAUUUAACAUUUAUUUAUAAAAGCUUCCCAAUCUUAGAAUCUUUUCAUUGUUGUUAUUAAGUAUAUAUUUUUAUUUUUAUUUGUAAUUGUAACAUUGUAAUGCACCCCUGAACAGGUAUGUGAGAGGGGGGGGGGUAUAUAAAUUUGAAAUAAUAAUAAUAAUAAUAAUGGCGUCCUUCAGUGUUCAUCCUCGAUAUCCCCAGUGGUGCCAUUCCGUUUUACUCCACUAUACCCUGAGUUAAUCCAUAGGGUUUCCACAAUUUAAAAUUAUCUGCCCUGGCCUUGAUUGUAGCUAAAGUCUACGAACCAUUGAAAAACAGUUUACAAACCACUCUUACUAAUGAAACGGCCUGUAUUUCGCGUUCGUUUUUAUAAGGGUAGAUAGCCCUAUUCAUGUCCAUUUACUGAAUGAUUUAUGAAAAUAAUGUACUAAUUCAUUUAUAAUUAAUUGUAAUAUUAAAAUCUGUAGUAUGUUUCGCUGAUUUCAAAUAUGUAUAACAUCUA